GUUGCUUCAGACGGAAAAGAAUUAUGAGGGAUUCAGGUAGUGUCUCGGCGAACAUUGUCCGUUUCACAGUUCAAGUUCUUCGAGGUAGAUGGUUCAUGCUUUUUGCUGCUCUCCUCCUCAUGGGUAGUACUGGUGGAGCUUAUGUUUUCGGAAUUUACUCCAAAGAAAUAAAGAAAACUCUCGGGUACGACCAGACAACUCUCAACUUGCUUGGUUUCUUCAAAGACGUUGGAAGUACUAUUGGGAUUUUCUCUGGUCUUAUUGCUGAAGUGACUCCAAAUUGGUUUGUUCUACUUGUUGGUGCAUCCUUGAACUUUGUUGGAUACUUCAUGGUGUGGAUUAGUAUAAGUGGCCGUAUUUCCAAGCCCCACAUUUGGCAGAUGUGCCUCUAUAUCUGCAUUGGUGCUAAUUCUCAAAACUUUACACUCACAAGUGUUACAGUCACCUCUGUAAAGAACUUUCCAGACAACCGUGGAACCCUGAUAGGUCUGCUAAAGGGAUUCACUGGCCUCAGCGGAGCUGUCAUGACCCAACUUUACCUUGCCAUUUAUGGUAACGAUUCCAAAUCUCUAAUCCUCUUCAUUGCUUGGCUACCUGCCGUUAUAUCUAUCUUUCUUGGCUAUGCGAUCCGUUUGAUUAAAGUCGGUCAACAAUCAAACGUCGAAAAGAGAGUAAUAUACCAGUAUCUCUUGAUAUCUGUUGUGCUAGCUCUAUUCAUAAUGGUUAUUACCAUAACCCAGAAACAAAAGAUCUUUUCCCACUCCAGCUAUGUUGUAACUGCAACUAUUAUAUGCAUCUUACUCUUAACUCCUCUAUCUAUAUCAAUUAAAGAAGAGCUUGUACUCUGGAGUCUAAUGAAGAAAGGCCUUACACCACCGGAGGUGAUAACUGUUGAAACUCCAUCUCUAGUGAAUCCGAUUCCCCUGCCACUAAACACGAUACCAUCAGUGCAAGAAGAGAACCCCAAACCGAAAAAUUCUUGUUUUGCGGAUGUUUUCAAACCCCCGGAGAGGGGAGAAGACUAUACCAUCUUGCAGGCAAUACUGAGCAUUGAUAUGUUAUUACUCGUUAUUGGGGGAUUCUGUGGACUCGGCACCAGUCUCACAGCGAUAGACAAUUUGGGUCAAAUUGGUGAAUCUCUUGGCUACCCAACACUUACGAUAAGCACAUUCAUAUCACUUAUGAGUAUUUGGAACUAUUUCGGAAGAGUCUGCAUCGGUUUGACCUCUGAAAUCCUGCUUACAAAGUGGAAAUUUCCCAGAACUCUGGUAAUGGCAAUCGUCCUUCUGUUUUCUUGUACCGGACACAUUCUUAUUGCCUUCCCAAUUCCUGGUUCUAUCUACAUUGCUUCAGUGAUCAUUGGUUUUUGUUAUGGUGCACACGUAACACUUAUUUUCACAAUCAUAUCCGAACUCUUUGGACUCAAGUAUUAUUCGACGUUGUACAAUUGUGGGAUACUAGCAAUGCCUCUCGGAUCUUACGUAUUCAAUGUAAGAGUUGCAGGUUUCCUUUAUGACAGAGAGGCCUUGAAGCAAUUGAAUGCAUUAAGACUUGGAAGGGAUAUCGGGAAGGAAUUGACAUGUAUUGGAAAACACUGUUACAGGUUAUGUUUUAUUAUAUUAGCAGCAGCAACAUUUAUUGGAGCUCUAAGUUCCUUUGUUCUGUUUAUUAGGACAAGAAAAUUCUAUCAGGGAGAUAUUUACAAAUAUUUCAGACAGGAGACAACCCUGGCCAAUACAGAAGCCAAAACUACAGAGCUGGUUUCGCCAGUGACCUCCAGUGUACUAAAAAAGUAAGGAAUAAGAUUCUUGAGUGACAAGCGUCAGAUUCAAGUAUUUCAUCUUUAAAGGUGACUUAGUUGUACUUUAAUUUUCUUGCUGCGUCGGUGCUAUGAUAU